UGCAUCGCGAAGUAGGAGAGGCUACGUAUAGGAGGAAUAAAUGCACAGAUUCAUCCCGCCUGACCUACGAGGUGAGAUUAUUCCACUUCGGAAUAACUUGAGGGAAAGUAAUAGGGAAUGGUGUAGCAGUAUAGUGGAUUCGAUUACGUUGUCUUGUAACUAUAGAGACUAGGUGUCAUAGAGUUAGUUUCCGCUUUCAGCGACUAUACCGCCUUGGCAGGAGUAUCGCCAAGAUCAUGUUCAGCUCAACAUCGGACGAGUCCUCACCAGCUGCGAUGAGAUCUCAUGUUGUCCGUCGAGGAUAUAUCUUCUAUAAAAGGUCAAAUAUGCCGGCGUUGACAUCGAAGAGAAGAUACACCAUCCUCAAGGCCAUCCCCCUUACCUCAUCGUCGCCUCUUUUUCCAACCUAACUUGGUUCUACGUUCUUUAACCCAGGCGGUUCAUUCGUUAUACAUUUUCAAUCGUUAUUCCAAUACCCUCACAUCUUACCAACCAACCACCAACCGCAACCAUGAAGUUCACUCUAGCAACAACCCUCCUCCUCGCCUCCGGCACCCUCGCCACACCGGCCCUCAACGCCCUCCCCAACACCUCAAACAAGCUCUCCGCACUCACCAAACGCGCGACCUUCCCCAUCCCCGCCUCCAAAGGCUCAGUCACCUUCUCCGCCCCCCAGAAAGUCCCAGCAAACAAGCCCUUCGACGGCGGGCUCAAGACAUACGGGCGAGGCGUAAGCUGCACAGGGCAAGCCGAAGGCGGGGACUCCGACGCGGUGUUCCUGCUCGAAGACGGAGCGACGCUGAAGAACGUGAUUAUCGGCAAAGACCAGAUCGAGGGCGUGCACUGCAAGGGCGCGUGCACGAUCGAGAACGUGUGGUGGGCAGCCGUAUGUGAGGACGCGCUGAGCCUGAAGGGGGAUGGGAAUGCCAGUGUUAUCGGGGGAGGAGCUACGGGUGCAGAUGACAAGGUCAUCCAGCACAACGGCCUGGGAACCGUGACGAUUGACGGGUUCACCGUCGUCGACUUCGGGAAGCUGUACCGCUCGUGCGGGAACUGCAAGGUCAUGGGCCAGCGCAAUGUUGUGGUGAAGAACGUCAAGGCGUAUGAUGGCAAGACUCUGGUUGGGAUUAACUCUAACAAGGGGGAUAUUGCUACCAUUACGAACACUUGUGCUACUUCUGUUAAGAAGAUCUGCGUUGAGUUCGAAGGCACCACUCCCGGAAAUGAGCCUAAGGAGAUCGGCUCCGGCCCUAGCAAUAACUGCAAGUACACCACUGUUUCGACUUGUUAAACGAGAAAUGGUUUGAACGAACUUUCACCUCGACUCAUCGUUAGUCUCUCGGUUUACGCUUAGGAGAUACGAUGUCAGGAAUGAAUAACAGGUAUUAACCUACCUAGUGUGUAUCCGGUUUAUCAGUGUGCGAGUUCAUACGCUUCAAUUCUGCUGUUCAAGUAACAAUUCAUGUAUAUAUUGAUUGAGCACAUAUCUUCCAUA